GUUAAAAAAAUUAUCAUUUUUAAUUUUCAUAAAGUUUCCAUGUAUAAUUUACAUAAAUAUUUAUAUUCUUUUCGUUCAGUAAGAUGGUUUCAUUCUGAUGAUUCAACUAUAAAGAAAUCCAUAUUUUUACCAGUAACAAAAUUUAAAAAUCGGUUGAAUGUUAAUCAAACUAUUCUAAGAGAUUAUGAUAUUUUUAAGACCUGUAGUUUUUCUGAAUUGUAUUCUUGGCAAAGGCAACAUUUGAGCAAUGAAGAAUAUAUUUUACAUGAUGGUCCACCAUAUGCCAAUGGGUCGGCACACAUGGGACAUGCUAUUAAUAAAAUCCUUAAAGAUAUAACUAUACGUUUUAAACUUGUAAAUGGAAGUAAAAUUAAUUAUAUUCCCGGUUGGGAUUGCCAUGGUUUACCAAUUGAAUUAAAAGCUGAAAAUAUGUAUGGGAGUAAAUGGAAAAAUUUUAGCGCUUUGGAAAUAAGACAAAAUGCUAGAAAAUAUGCUUUGAAAGAAAUAGAAAAACAAAAAAAUGUUUUUAAAUCAUGGGGUAUACUUGCUGAUUGGGAAAACAAUUGUUAUUACACUUAUGACAAAAAUUAUAUCAAAACACAAAUUCAACAAUUUUUUAAAUUAUAUAAUAAAGGCUUAAUUUAUAGGGAUCUUAAACCAGUUUAUUGGUCACCAUCAUCCAAAACUGCUCUAGCUGAAGCAGAAUUGGAAUACAACCCUAAUCACCAAAGUAAAUCUAUCACGGUCAAACUUGAACUUUGUCCUUCUACUCUUUCAACAGAUUUAAAAAAUCAUAACAAUGAACCUAUUUAUGCACUUAUUUGGACUACUACACCUUGGACAUUACCAGGAAAUAUUGCUGUUGUAUAUUCUCCUAAUUUAUUAUACUCUUUCAUAAAAAUUCAAGACACCCCUGGUACUUAUUUGUUAGCAACUGAUCUAGUACAAAAUCUUAGUAUCAAAAUAGAAAAAUCUAUUGAAAUAAUCACAACAAUUGAAGGUCAGCAACUAAAUGGUUUAAAAUACAGAAGCUUAAAAUCCGAUGAAUGUGAUAAGCAAUUCUUGCCUGGAAAUCAUGUUACAACAGAUAAGGGCACAGGAUUAGUUCAUACUGCACCUGCAUAUGGACAUGAAGACUUUUUAAUUGCAUUAAAACACAAGAUACCUAUUGAAUGCCAUGUGGAUGAAUGUGGUAUCUUUAUGUCUCAGACAUGGUCAGAACUUGUAGGUUUACCUGUUUUAGACAUUGGUAAUGAUACUGUCUGUUUGUUAUUGAAAGAUAAAAUAUUGCAUACAGAAAUAUAUGAACAUAGUUAUCCUUACGAUUGGCGCACUAAAUUGCCUGUAAUUAUUCGUGCCAGUAAACAAUGGUUUUUGGAUACAGCAACUAUUAAAAACCAAUCAAUUGAAUGUUUGAAAGAUAUUAAAAUAUAUCCUGAACUUAGCGGAAGUCGUAAAGCUCUUUUAACAUUAAUUGAAAAACGACCAUAUUGGUGUAUAUCCAGACAACGUUCAUGGGGUGUAGCCAUUCCUGUUUUAUAUGAUGAAUCAGAUAAAACUAUUAUUGAUGAAACAUUAUUGAACAAUUAUUAUGCCUUAUUGGAAGAAACAGGACAAGAUUUUUGGUGGUCUCAUGAUGUGCAAAAAUUGAUAUCAAACACGCCAUACAGUCAAAAAAAAUUGAAAAAAGGACUUGAUAUUCUAGAUAUUUGGUUUGAUAGUGGCAUUUCUUGGAGUUGUGUAUUGGGUGAUAAUAAAAUUGCUGAUUUGUAUUUGGAAGGCAUUGAUCAAUGUACUGGCUGGUUUCAAGCAUCAUUAUUGUCAUCAAUUGCGUUAAGAAAUGUUUCACCGUAUAAAUCUUUAUUUAUACAUGGUUUUGUUGUGGAUAAGAAUGGUAAAAAAAUGUCUAAGUCUAUUGGAAACGUAAUUGAUCCUCAAGAUAUAAUAAAUGGAAAUUAUGAUAAAUCAGUAAGCGGAAUCGAUGUACUCAGAUGGUGGGUUGCUAAACAUGGAUCAUACCAAACAAAUAUUCCAGUUACAAAAGAGACCAUAAUUGAUAGUAAACAAUCAAUUGAUAAACUUCGCCUUAUUAUUCGUUUUUUACUUGGCUCACUUAAUAAUGUAAAAGAGGAUAAUUUUAAAUGUGGAAUUAAUCAUUUAAAUUAUUUAGAUAAAUAUAUGAUAUUAGAACUUAAAUCAUUUGAAAAUGAAAUUAAUAUGCUUUAUUGCUCAUUCCAGUAUAAUAAAGUAUGUGCCAAAAUAUUAAAUUUUAUUACAAACCAAGUUUCUGGAUUAUAUGUUCACCAUAUAAAAGAUAGGCUUUAUUGUGAUUCUAUUGAAUCAGAUAACCGACUAGCAUGUACAGCAACAUUACAAGCUAUAUUUGAAAUUCUUCUAAAACACAUUGCACCAAUUUUACCUCAUUUAGCUGAAGAAGCAUUUUCUUUUUACUCACAAAGAAAAUCUACAUUUUUUAAAUCAUCCAUUAUAUCUCUUGAUCACAUAGUAAUUUCAGAUCCAGAAAAAGUAUUAUCUAUAAUAGAAAAUGCUUUAAUGAUAAAAAGUAAAGUAUCAUAUUUAUUACAAGGAAAAAAUUCACUCGAACAUUCAAUUAUUCUUUCUGCGCCUAACAAUGUUUUUAAUCUAUUAAAGAUUUUGCAUCCUAAAAACACUGCUAGAAAUUCGGAUUUAAUUGAAUUACUUCAAGUGAAUUCAAUUGAUUUAAUUGUUAACAAUACUAUUGAAGUAAAAACAAGUGAUGCAAAAGGAUUUUUUUGUAAACGAUGCCGCAGGUGGUCAGCAGAAAAACAAGAUGAAUUAUGCAAACGAUGUGAAAAAAUCUUUAAAAACUUUUAUUCAAAAUAAAAGAAUUUACUUUCGAUAUUCUGAAGCCUCUUGUGUCAGCUAUCCAAUUGUACGUGAUGAGCCGUCCAUCAACAUUUGUAGUAUAUGAACCCCGUUGA